ACAUUGUACUGUGGUGACGUAACGGUGGCUUCCUGCAGAGAAACAAGAUGGCAACUGGCUCAGAACACGGGCUGAGAAACAUAGUUUGGCAAAGAAUAAAGGACACAGUGAUUGAAGAUUGCAGAAACUCUCGAGGAUGGAAGCUGUUAAUACUGGAUCAGUUCACCACCAAACUCCUAUCAUCAUGCUGCAAAAUGUCAGAUCUAACAUGUGAGAGAAUUACAAUUGUGGAAGACCUGUUUAAAAACAGAGAACCGGUGCCCGAAAUGAAGGCUGUCUAUUUUAUAUCUCCAGUAAAAAAGAGUGUUGAAGCGCUUUGCAGUGACUUCAAGAACAAACCAAAAUACAAAGCAGCACUGGUGUAUUUUACAGAUUAUUGUCCAGAUGAAUUGUUUAACAAAAUGAAGACUGACUGCGGAAAGUUAAUAAGAAUUUGUAAGGAAAUAAACAUUAACUUUUUGCCCAAAGAAUCACAAGUGUUUGUGCUUGACAAUUCGGCUGCCUUCAGAAGCAUUUACAGCAGCUCCAGUGAAGACAGACAGAGCACAUUGGAGGCAAUAGCUGAUCAGAUUGUAACAGUGUGCGCAACUUUGGAAGAAAACCCUGGUGUUAGAUAUAAGCGGGAACCUUUGGAUAAUACAAAGCUUCUUGCUGAACUGGUAGACACAAAACUUGCCAAACACUAUGAGAUGGAUGAAAAGUGCAAGAAGAAGGGAAAAACACAUGCACAGCUUUUGAUAAUUGAUCGUGGUUUUGACCCUGUAUCUCCAAUCCUUCAUGAGCUGACAUACCAAGCUAUGGCUUAUGAUGUGAUCCCUAUUGAAAAUGAUGUAUAUAAGUACCAGACAAAAGAAGGACCCACUUCAAAGGAAAAGGAGGCAUUUCUGAACGAGGAUGAUGAGCUGUGGGUCAAACUCCGACAUAUGCACAUAGCAGAAGUUGCUGAACAAAUCCCAAAGCAGCUGAAGGAAAUUUCUUCCAACAAGAAGCGACCGGAUGAGAAGAUUACAAUUAGUGGUUUGUCUCAGCUCAUGAAGAAAAUGCCUGGUUUCCGUAAACAAGUCGCACAGAAAACCAUCCAUUUGAAUUUAGCCGAAGACUGCAUGAACCACUUUCAACUGAGCGUUGAGAAGCUGUGUAAGGCAGAACAGGACCUGGCAAAUGGAUGUGACGCAGAGGGACAGAAGGUUAAGGAUCCAAUGAGAACUCUUCUUCCAGUUCUGCUGCAUUCUCAUUCCACUGAUGACAAGAUACGAGCUGUGCUGCUAUACAUCUUCAGCCUAAACGGGAUAACUGAGGAAAACCUUAAUAAACUGAUUCAACAUGUCAAAAUUGAGAAUGAAAGGGAAAUUAUUCUGAACUGGAAGGAUCUUGGAGUUCCGAUUAUCUCCACUCAAUCAUUCUUCCAGCAACGUAAGCCAACAAGAAGAGAUCGUUCUCAUGAAGAAAGAUACAAUCUUUCUCGAUGGACCCCUGUGAUUAAAGAUGUGAUGGAGGAUACUCUUGAAAACAAGUUAGACUCCAGGGAAUGGCCACACCAAUCUGAAUGCCCUUCGGCUUGGAAUGGAUCUGGAGCUGUAAGUGCUCGACAGAAGCACAAGCCAAGCAAUCCAGAUGACCGAAAGGGUGGCUCAAGACUUAUCAUCUUCAUAAUUGGAGGAGUUAGUUACUCGGAGAUGCGCUGUGCGUAUGAAGUGACCCAAGGAGUCAAGUCAUGUGAAGUUAUCAUUGGCUCAACUCACAUUGUGACACCCAAAAGCCUUCUGGAUGAUAUAAAGUUACUCAACAAGCGUCCUGUAGAACCCUUUAAAAUCAUCGACGAAAGCUGUAAUGCUUGAAAAUUAAGAUAUGUGAAAAAGAAGAAAAUAGUCUUGAAUGGGAAGAUUGAAGGGAUUCUUUUGUUUCUGUGGGUUUUUGUAUUUUUAAUUACAUCAUUGCUAUUAACAUGAAAAGGCUUGUCUCUUGAUAUUUUCAUAACCCUCAAAGUAUUUAUUCCAUGUUGGAAAGCAGUGAGGACUAAUUAGACUUGAAGAUUUAAAACGCUAUGUAUAAUUUAUAUAUUCAAACACUGCCUGUUGGUCUAAUAACCAUUUUAUAAUCUGCUGCUGGAUUUUCACUUUAAGGUAAAAGCCAUCAUAUUUUACCAUCUACCAAACAACUGACACGAGGCUUGGAUUAAAAAAUUAACAGUUGUUUCAACAGGCGCAGUCGCAAAUCCACUAAGAUUUAAAAGAAAUCCUAGCCAGAUUAUUGCUACAGUAUGUAAAGUAAAAGUUCAUUUUCUUACUAAUUUAAGUCAGAGGUAUAUUACACAUAAAUUAUGUUCCAUAAAUGAAUGUGGUUAAAACACUGUAACGAUUGCAUGUAUUAAGCAUUUUUAUCUAAAAUAAAAGUAUUAGUUAAUUAUUUU